AUGCUAUUAUUACCGCUAAUCAUCUAUUUGAUGAUUAAUUUAGAAAAAUAUUCCAUUUGCUGUGCUAAAAAGAAGUAUAUAUAUAUUUUAAACAUCGGUAAAUAUACUACUAUUAAAACGUUUUAUACUAUAGAAACAGCUUUAAUAAGAAUGAGGAAACAAUUUACUCUAGUAAAAAAUGAGAAAUGCUUAUUAUUAGACAAGAAGACACCAGAUAAAUUGAAUGAAUAUAAGGUAGAUACCAAAAAAAAAAUUUUUUUUCAUAAUUUAUUUAAUUAUAGUUUAGUAGAUAUGCUAACUAUUCUUAAGUUACUACUACAGAUGGAGAAAAUUGUUUUGUACAAACAUAGUAACAACAUAUCCGUUAAAAUAAAGGAUACGAAAAAAAAAAAUAUUGAUUAUAAAAGUUUAAUUUUUGAUUACACAUUAUUUUUUAAGGAAUAUUUAUUACGAAAUAAGCAUGAAAAGGAUAUGUUAUUUAAGAUGCACGAUUAUUUUGACCUGUAUAAUAGGGGAAAAUUAAAAGAUAAAACAACGAAACGAAGACAAUGUAGUAACCCAAUUUUUAGCCAUAAUAUUAGUAGCAGUGCCCCAAAUAAAAAAGUAUAUUUGAGUAAUAAAAAUAAUGCAAGCUUUACACAUGAUAUAAAGAAGAAAAAAACAUGUUCAAUUAAAUUCAUUUUAAAAAGGAUUAUUAAAAAAUUAGGAAUUUGCAUUAAGGACAAAUGUUAUAUAAAUAAUGUAAAGGGUAAAGAGCUUAUAUUUAAAUUUUAUGUAAAUAAUAAAAAGUUUUACAUUUUUUCUUUUUAUAAGAAGAUAAAAGGAAUUUAUCACUUAUACAGGAAUAUUCUGUAUGUGAAAGGGAAUAAUAAUAUUAAUAAAGAAAUUGCCAUAAUAAAUCUUAUAUUACUUAAUAGAAGGUACUAUGAUCGUAAAAAAAAUUCUCAUAUCGUUAACUCUCUUUAUAUAAAAUAUUAUAUUAAAUAUGACGUCAAUAAACUGUUUCAUAUACCAGAUGAGUUAAUAAAAAAUAGUAGGAAAACGUUGGAGGUGAACAAUUUCAUUUACCUAUCACAAGUUGGGAAAUGCUUUGAUGAAAAAACUGAUGGAAGUGAUUUUUGUUUAAGUAAAAAUGUGGUCAAUUUAGAUGAGUCGGCUAAUAAAAAUACUAUAAAAAAGAGUAUACAUAGACAUACACAUAAUAACAAUAUACGUAUUAAGCUUAUAAAAAUAUAUUUCAAUGGGAAAUUGUUUGUGUCAAUGCCCAUUGUCCUAAUCUACAAUGUAAUUAAAAAUGUCUUUUUUAUGAAUAAUUUCUUUUAUUUUGAUGUUAUGAAUAUUAACCUAACAAAUUUAUAUGCUCUUAAAGAUAUUUAUUUUAAUAAUAAAUUAUUUUUUCAAAAUAACAAUUUUAUUUAUUUAAAUAACCAAAAUAUUAUCUUAAAUAGUGAUGAGCUAAAGGUAGACUUAAAUUAUAUUCUUCUCUUUUAUUUUUUGUAUUUUAAUAAGAAAGAAAACUUACGUGUGCCAGAACAAAUAAACCCAAAUUUUUAUUUUUAUUUUUAUUCAUUGUUAAGAAAUAAAGACAAGGAAAAUUCCAAAAGAAUAAAAAAAAUUGUAUAUAGAGAAGACAAAAAUAUACUUAAUUUUGUUUUCUGA